GUUUUCACAGCUCGACGUGGACCGUUUCACCAGGCCGAGACCCAGCGCCCCCAGCGAUGGAUUUUGGCUCCGAGACCGUCAUGGUGCCAAAGCGGCUCCUCAGUGAGAUCCUGGAAGAUGGAAUUUGCCCCUUGCACUUGCGCAUUCAGAUCCAACGGUUCUUGCUCGACGACACGGGAGGGACGGAUGAAGAGCGACGGGAAACGGGAGAUGGUGGGCGCUUCUCCUCUCGAACUCUGCGACUCCAACGAGCGGCAGCCGCACUAGAGGCGGAGGAGAGGAUUGUGGAGAGCGAAGGCCUCGCAUGGGAGCCAGGUGCAGCGCCCACCGUGGACGCCGCGCCGGCGCCCGACGCACCGGCGGUGGUCGACGCGCCAGCAGACGCGGACGCCGCAGUUGCGGGGGCGCCGGCGGUCGACGCCGCGGUCGACGCCGCGGUCGACGCCGCGGUCGACACGCCAGUCGACACGCCAGUCGACACGGUGACGGCGGUCGACGCGGCGGUCGACACGCCGGUCGACACGCCGGUGGACGUGGCGGUCGACAUGGAGGUGGCAGAGGAGAUGGCGACGGCCACGAACUCGGUGGCCUCGGCAGCCGAUCUGUCGGAGAUCGAGGGCCUCGCCGAAGCGCGGCACUGGGACCACCAGGAACGCCUGCAAAAGCAGAAGCUGCAGCUGCACAAGACCACUGAGCUGAUGGCACUCCAAGCGCCGAACCUGGUGCUGGUGGUGUGCGGCUUACCACUCCCUGAGGUCUUGGCCCUUCGCGCGGUGAACAGCUCCGCGCUGCAGUGGGCCAUGGACGGCGCCAUCGCCCACCUGGGCGAGGUUUGCCAGGCACAUCAGCGGAUCCGCACGCGCUUGUGGAUCCAACGGCUGGAGGAGAUCAACCGCAACACGGCGGAUGAGAGCACCUACGACUCGAAGGUGCGACGAUUGGCCGAUGACGCGCUCCGUCGAAGGAUGGAGGCAGAGAUGGCGGACGCACGGCAGGACAUGGAGAACCGGAUUCGCGACUUUCACGUCGAGGUGGAUCGAAGAAUGGAACAACAAGCAGUUCGAGUGCAUGCCAUCGUUGAGGAGCGCGUGAAGCAACAGCUCGACGCCAUCCUCGCGGCAGAGAUGGAGAAGGUCCGCGUGUUGGUCGAAGAGCGCGUACAGGGCCGAGUACGGCAGGUGUGUGGCGGGAGAGCAAAGGAGCGGUGUGUGACGGGCAGGAAGAGCGGCCCGUGCAUUCCGACCAACGUGUAUUUGCGCGUCCUCACGAAGCUUUUUUUGGGCGAUAGCCAGAGUUUGCCUCAUAUCCUUGGAAACGUUGUUGCUGAUCAUGUUGCGAAGAGCCCCAAAGCAGGCUUUGUAUAGUUCAACCAAGUCUUUGCGCGUACAGACAAUGUGACUGAUGCAGCCCAAAAUGAUUUCCGAUCCCCUUACGAGUUCCUGGAUGAUUUUUGUUACAGCUCUGACAAUGAUCGGGUUGAUUUAGAUUCCUGGGUUCCUUCGUCACUAUAUCAAGAUACACUGCAUUUGGCAUCAUUUGGCGGCCAAAGUAUGAAGGAAGAAAGGUGAUCCAAGAAUAUCAUGGGCAGAAUUGGUGCUUUCUUACUACAACUGCAGGGGAGCAUCUUCCCAUCCCCACCAAG